AGCUCGAGGGAACUUCCCUGUCCAAGAGGGAGCUGUGACUGCCACCCGCCGGUUGUGCUCUGUUGUGGAGCUUGCCAAGAGUUGUGGGUUGGACGAGUAUUUGGGUGGAGGAUACCUCGAAGGGGAAUUUGUGAUCUUUGUCGUACAGAGGAACAAAAAGCUACCCAGAUAGCUAUACGGGUUUUAUUGGUGCCUGGUCAGGAGGCACACGCAUUAGAGAACGGGAUUUCAGGAACCCUACAGAAACCAGCAGACAUCCUUAGGGUUGAUGUGCUCAGUACCUUUGUAGCAUAUUACUAGCAGGUGAAGCUUUGGAGGUGGGACAAGAUUAAAAAGCAUUGGGAGAAGAGGAACUCUCAGCAUGGGGGCAAGUGAGAGCAAAGAGAUUCCUAAAGUUAGCCCCUUGGGAUCUGUUUUGGCACACUGGAAAGAGCUGGUGGGCUAUGGUGGCACAGAAACCAAGAAGGAGCUUGUUAAGUUUUGCACACGAUGGUGGCCACUUUAUAGACUUGAAGAGGGGGUGAAAUGGCCAUCAACUGGGACGUUUGACUAUGAAACUUUAUUACAGUUAAUGCUUUUUCUUAGGCGUGAACAGAAGUGGCAGGAGGUUACUUAUGCUGAUAUGUUUUUCACCCUUCAGAAACACCCCGAGUGGCAAUGGGAUUGUGGGAUUAGGCCACCCUCUGGCCCCUUUGUACUGACUCUCGAAAAGGAUUAUAAAGCUAACAGGGGAAAGCUCAAGCGGUGUUGUAGUGCCUGUUCAAUUGACCAAAGAUGCAUACAUCCUGACAAGGUAUACCAAACAGAGGCUUCCCCACCAACUCCCGAACCACGAGAGCCAAACCGACUGUACCCACCGUUGCCCCCCAGUGACAGUGAGGAGGAAGAGCCCUCCCCACAGGGUCCUAUAGCAUCAAGGACCCAGAAACAAACCAGAGAGGUCUUACAAGCACCUCUGAUGGAAGCAGUAACCCCUAAAGGGACGAUAAUGCUGAUUAGAGUUCCCUUUUCUACGCAGGAUCUGGAGGCCUGGGAAAAGAUUGCUAAGAGGUAUCAGAGUGAUCCAACAGGUGUUGCUAGGAGAUUGAGGUUUAUGAUUAAACAGCAUAAUCCCGAUUGGGAUGACAUGCAGCUACUGCUUGAUGCUUUAACAGAGACAGAGAAGCAAAUGGUUUUGAAAGUAGCUAGGGAUCUGGCCGAGGAUGUUUGUAGAAGAACACAGGAGCACAUUAAGGAUGUACUUCCCCUUCAGGAUCCAGGUUGGGACCGUAAGUCGGAGGGCUUAGGUCGGCUAAGGAGAUACCAAGAAUUGAUAGUGAAGGGGUUGGAAAGAGCCAUUCCUAGGCCAUCCCUGUACGCUAUUAAACAGGGGCCCUCUCAAACACCUACUGAAUUUCUCGAUCAGUUGCGAGAGGCAAUGCGUUUGCAUACCACCUUGGAUCCUCAAUCUGAUGAAGGAACACUAUACUUGGUGAACUUGUUUGUAGGGCAGUCUACAGGACACAUCAGGCGAGAGCUUCAGAAGAUCCGGGGCCCAGCAAGCUGGGACUUAGAGACUUUGCUGGAUGAAGCGUGGAGAGUUUUCAGCAGUCGGGAAGAGAGGUAUAGACAGGGGAUGAGGCAAUUAGUAAGAGUAAGGGAGGAAGAAAAGGGAAAACAUGGGCAAGGACCACCCCGACUGGGAAAAGACCAAUGUGCAUUUUGUAAGGAAUUUGGACACUGGAAGAACCAGUGUCCAGAACGAAGGAGGGAUGAUAAACAGAGAAGAGGUGAUCGAGAAGGAGAAAGGUGGUUGCUCAUGUAAAGGAGGACUGAAGAGGACUGGAGGGCCCUACUCUGGGGGACUCUCUGGUUGUAGUCAAACUGGGGAACAAAGAGAAAGAGGUGGAAUUUUUAGUAGACACAGGGACAACAUAUUCGGUGUUAAACAAGGCCCUGAUACCCAUAACAAAUGAUUACGUUAUGGUAAGGGGGGCAGCUGGCCAAACUGAAAGAGCCAAUUUUUGCAAACCACUGAAGUGUAAAUUGGGAAAACAGUGGGGAAUUCAUUGAUUUUUGUACAUGCCUAAAACGCUCCAUCUGCACUUUUGGGCAGGGAUCUGCAAGAGCAGCUGGAAGCAAAAAUAAUAUUUAAAAAUGGGAAAAUUAGUUUGGAGGUAAAAGAUGAACAAUAUGUGGAAUUGUUAAGCUUAAUGCUAAUAACCAAAGAAGUUAGAGCUGCAAAUGAGGAAGAAAAUAUUAAGAAAAGAAUGGAUCAGGUAUUGCCUGGGGUGUGGGCCCACUGGUAGAAUGCUCUACCAGUACAAAUCCAGCUUAAAGAAGGAAAACAACCAGUAAAUGUCAAACAAUAUCCCUUGAAAAAGGAAGACAGAGAAGGGAUCAGUCCAAUUAUCGAGAACUUUUUGCAGGAAGGAUUAUUAAAAGAGUGUCAACCUGAUUUUAAUACUUCUGUUAUGUCUGUGAAAAAGCUUGAUGGGUCAUACAGGUUAGUACAAGAUUUAAGGGCUGUUAAUAAGGUAACUGAAGACUUGUACCCAGUGGUUGCAAACCCUUGCACCUUGUUAACUCAUUUAACACCUGAACUAACCUGGUUUACUGUUUUAGAUUUGAAGGAUGCUCUCUUUUGCCUCCCUCUCCACAAGGCCAGCCAGAAAAUUUUUGCAUUUGAAUGGAAGAAUCCCGAAACUGGAUGUAAAAUUCAGCCCACAUGGUGUGUACUACCCCAGGGGUUCAAGAGCUCCCCCACCAUAUUUGGAGAGCAGCUUGCAAAGGAUUUGGAGUCUUGGGAACCCCCACCAGGAGAAGGAUAGCUGCCUCAGUAUGUGGAUGACCUCUUAAUAGCCACCCAGACCCAGGAGGCAUGUGUGGAUUGGACUUUUUUAUCCCAAAAGAAAGCCCAGAUGGUGAAACAAACAGUUAUUUACCUGGACUGUGAAGUAAGUGCUGGACAAAAGACCUUGGGGCAAGACCGCAAGGAAGCAACAUGCCAAACCCCGAAACCCCAGACAGUAAAAGAACUGAGAACAUUUCCAGGCAUGAUGGGCUGGUGCAGACUGUGGAUUUAUAACUAUGGAUUGUUCGUUAAACCCCUGUAUGCCUUAAUCACGGAAGGGACCAGGGAUCUUCAGUGGACAACAGAAACAGCAUGAGCCUUCAACCAACUGAAGAAGGCUCUUAGGUCAGCUCCAGCCCGGGGACUUUUAGACCUUCCUUCCUCAGUGGGAGUGUGGGAGAACCAGUGAUCCACGACUGCCUGGAGACCAUUGAAGCCACCUACUCCAGUCACCAGAUCUGAC